CUCCGCGUCUGUGAAAUGGGCAGACCCCCGCGCCUCCCCACGUUUGGGAAGGAACGAAUGGGGACCCACAGGGAAACCCGCUCGGCGUCCCCCACGCCCUGGCGCGCGCCGGCCCGUGACCCCGGACCUUCCAGAGGGCGGGCGGGCGGGCGAGCGAGCGAGCGGGCGGGGCAGGAGGAGGGGCCGGAGGUGGGCCGCACCGCCCUGCGGACCCGCGCCCGGCCCGGCCCGGCCUGUCCCGGCCCGUCCCAGCCCGUCCGCCCGACCAUGGCGCCGGCGGCGGGGCGCGGGCCGCGGGGCCUGUGGCGCGCCUGCAACUGGCUCAUGGGCGCCUUCUUCGCGCUGGCGGCCUUUGUGCAGGUGAACGAUCCGGAUGCAGAACUGUGGAUGGUUGUGUAUACAAUUCCUGCCACUCUGACCCUGCUUGUUGGACUUAACCCUCUUGUCACAGGUAACUUUAUUUGGAAGAGUGUGUCUGCAAUACAUAUUAUCCUUUGUGGCCUGUGGGCUAUCAGCUUGGCAUACAACCUCUUGCUUCAUAAGAAACAGAACCUCUUGCACGAGGAGGAAGGCAGGGAGCUGUUUGGUCUCGUGAUCAUCGCAGCAUGGCUGGGUCUGUGCCACAGCUCUUCAAAGGCUCCAGGUGGUGGAAGAAUUCAGCUGGCCAUUGCUACCACAGUCGCUCUUCUCCCGUUUAUCUCCUGGGUCUACAUAUAUAUAAACAAGGAGAUGCGCUCCUCCUGGCCAGCUCACUGCAAGACAGUGAUUUAA